AUGUACUGGGCGACUGCAGAAUGGCUGUUUGGUUGUGCAUGCAUUAGCAGUCAGGGCAAUCCUCUUAAUCAUCUCUACUUAUUGUUUUGGGCCGAUGCACAUCUGAAUGAGGUUGGUUUCAUGAAUUUGGAUGGCGGAGCGCGGCAUCAUAUUCCGGCCAAACGCACUUCCCACAUCUCAUCGAUGACUGUUUUUGAUGAUCAUUUAUUCUGGUCGGACUGGAACUUACGAGAAGUUAUACGAGCCGAUAAAUGGACCGGUCAGAAUGAAACGGUUCUUAAAACCACAACACAGCUACCGAGUGAUAUCAGGGUAAUUCUUCAUGAGAUGGUAUUUUGUUAUGCUAAUUGCCAUGCAACGAUCUGA